AUCGCACUGCUGCCCAGGGACCCACGCAUUGUCUCCAAUCGCUGGUGAUGGUGUCCAGAGUGAAGUAAAGCCUGGCUCUGCCCGCUGCCAAAGGCGACCAUGAACGCUACACGCGCAUAGAAUUCGUGCUCCCCCGCCGAAAAAGCAGUGAGUUCGCAACAGUGAAGUCGUGAGGUGGCACAAGCUGUGCAAGAAGUAAUUCUCUCUCUGAACAAUGGAGCUCUUCCAUAUGGCACUGCGGACUGUCGGCGUUCUGCUGCUGUCGCUGAUGGCGAUGGCCAAGCACUCGCCCAUCGGACGCUACCCAAUCCUCAUGCCCAAUGUGCAUCCAGACAGGCCGGAACUGUACCUGUGCACCCCGAUUAAAGUUGACUACACCAAGAACUACUACAUCGUGGGCUUCGAGCCGAACGCCACCAUGAAUACGGCUCAUCACAUGCUGCUGUACGGAUGCGGAAUGCCAGGAUCCAGCCGACCCGUGUGGGAUUGCGGCGAGAUGUCUCGACAUGCCCUGAUGAGCGAUCCGGAUGAGGAGUCCUUCAGUCCCUGCGGCAAGGGUUCCCACUCGCAGAUCAUCUACGCUUGGGCCAGAGACGCUCCCAAGUUGGAACUUCCCGACGGCGUGGGCUUCAAAGUGGGCAAGGAUUCCCCGAUAAAGUACAUCAUCCUGCAAGUUCACUACGCCCACGUGGACAGAUUCAAAGAUGGCAGUGUCGAUGAUUCCGGCAUCUUCAUUCACUACACACUCGAGCCAAUGCCGAAGCAAGCUGGCGUCCUGCUUCUGGGCACAGCCGGUGAGAUUCCGCCGCACAGCGUGGAAAAGAUGGAAGCGUCCUGUGACAUCACGGAGCACAAGGAAAUCCACCCGUUCGCCUACAGGACUCACACUCAUGGCCUGGGGAAGGUCGUGUCUGGCUAUCGCGUGAGGCGCGACGAUCAGGGCGUGGAUCACUGGACGAUGCUGGGCAAGAGAGAUCCUCUGACGCCGCAAAUGUUCUAUCCUGUCGAGAACUUCGAGCCGAUUCGCUUUGGCGAUCGCCUCGCGGCCAGAUGCACCAUGAAGAGCAAUCGGGAUCGCAUUACGAGAAUUGGAGCCACGAACGAGGACGAGAUGUGCAACUUCUACUUGAUGUACUACGUGAAUAACGAUGAACCUCUGGAGACGAAGUACUGCUUCUCGAUGGGACCACCGGCGUAUCGUUGGGACUAUCCGAAUUCCGAUCUCAACAACAUCCCCGAUCUGGAGGCCAGUCACUUAUAAGGGGUGGCAAAUAAGGGUGGCUCGAGGAAGUCCAGCACAAUCUUAAGGGAAUCUACAGCUAAGAUAAGUCAAUCUGAUUAAAAACUAAAACCUGUACUUAAUUUAGAAACCCAAUGACAAAACCCCGUGAAAUAUUCCUGAAAAUCACCCUCAAAACCAAUUUGAGGGCAGUUGAAUCCAAUUCAUAUCCUUUUGAGUGUGUAUUGACGAGAAGGAAGAGCAGCUAUUUUAGAGUAAAACUUUUUAGUGUGUGGAAGAAUUUUCACAUUAUCCCCGUGAUGGUGAGAUAGACAUUGAUUUAACAUAUAUUCAUAGGAUAUAUUUUUCUAUAUGUGUACUUUUUCCAAAUCACCCACUUCUGAACCUUAAAUAUAUCUUUGCAUCCUGGCAAAAAAAACGCAACUCUACAUAAUGUGAAUAUCAAAUUCAACUAUACAAUUUAUCUAGUCAGAGAUAAGAGUAACUAUAUAAAGA